AUGGUCGGGUACGGUGCUAACAAGGGCAUCGUCCCCAUCUCCUGCGAAGAGAUCUUCAAGCGGAUCUGCGCCAACACAGAUGCCAACCUCACCUACGAGGUCAUGGUGUCCAUGGUGGAGAUCUACAAUGAGCAGGUUCAGGACCUCUUGGUGAGCCCUCGAGAGAGACCCAAGAAAGGCCUGGAGAUCCGAGAGUCGCAACAGUUGGGCAUUUACAUCGCCGGCGUGUGUCGCCGGCCGGUGGAUUCCUACUCCUCCAUCGAGGCGGUGGUGGAUGAAGGAACGGAGAAUCGGACGGUGGGCUCCACCCUGAUGAACGCGACCUCCAGUCGAGCUCACACGGUGUUGACCAUCGAGUUCAAGCAGGUCUCGCAGGCGGCGGGGCAGCAGGGCCAGAAGCUGUCGCUCAUCAACCUGGUGGACCUGGCGGGCAGCGAGAAGGCGGGCCAGACCGGCGCCAGCGGAGAUCGCCUCAAGGAGGGCUGUGCAAUCAACAAGUCAUUGUCUGCCCUCGGUAACGUGAUCGAAAAGUUGGCCGACAAGGCCAUGGGCAAGGCCAAGGCGGGCGCCAUCAUCCCCUACCGCGACUCCAAGCUCACGCGGCUGCUGCAAAACGCCUUAGGCGGCUCCAGUAAGACGGUGAUGAUCUGCGCCGUCUCUCCCGCCUCGUCGAACUACGAAGAGACCCUGUCCACGCUGCGCUACGCGGAUCGCGCGAAGCGCAUUAAGAACACCGCCUCCAUCAACGAGAAUCCCCAGGAGCUUGGAGUGGAGCCGGACAUUGAUCAUGGAUUGCUGAAGAAGGUUCUACGGAAGAAAGCAGUUCAGGUUCAUCCUGACAAACAUCCCAAGGAGGAGCAGCAGGAAUGGACCGAGAGGUUCCAGCAUUUCGAGCAGAUCAUGGAAACCCUCCAGGACGAAAAGAGUCGCCGCGUCUAUGACGAGAUCCAUCUCAAGCUGGAGCGCACAGCUCGCAUUCUGAUCUUGAUGGACAUGAAUGGGAGCUUGCUUUGCAAGCUUGGGAAGGAUGGCAAGGAUGGCCACCCUGGGCGGGAUGCCGGUCGCCCAGACUUCGAAGACCGGAACAAUCGCUUUUGGGUCCGCCCCCACGCAGCAGAAUUCCUGGAGGCUGUACUUGACCCGAAGUCGAAGAUUGCUUUUGCAAUCUACACCAGUCGGCAGUUGCGGAAUGCUCAACCCCAGGUGGACAGUUUGUUCCAGAGUCUUGGCCUCCGAGGCUUGCAAAGGAACCUCUUUGCCAUCUUCGCCGGAGACGACUUCUCAGUACCGGAUCCGCAAGCCGGGCCGCACAAGUCCAAGCGCAGCCUACCAAGAAUUUGGCAGGACCAUCGGACUUGCGCGGCUCGCGGGGUUAAGUUUGAUAUAUGCAACACUGUGAACUUGGACAACGAAGCUUCCAAGCUCCGCGAGCACAUGGAGAACGGAAUUAUUGUCCCUUCCUUUGCCCCAGCUCAGCUUGGCAAGGAGGACAAGGCGCUGCUCUCGUUGAAGGACUACUUGACUUGCCUUGCCAAGGAGUGCCACGGAGACGUCCGCGAGUACAUGAAGCUUUUCCCCUUCGGGCAAAGCUUUAUGCAUCGUGGGCUGCCUCCCAUGUCGGCUUUCGAGGAGGACGAAGUGGCGGAGUUGACAGUGCGGUUCUCGAAGGUUGACCUUGCCGGUUACGCAGCCGCCUCGGAGCCGGAGAAGAAGAAGAGUCCCAAGCCGGACAAGCUCAUCCGUCAGCUGCGGGAGGAGAACGAGAAGCUCCGGAACAUGGUCGGAGGAGGGUCUCCCACCCAGGGCGGGGAGGGCCAGUCGGCAGAGGAGAUGUCACAGAAGCACGCGGAGAUUGCUGCUCUGGAGCAGGCCCUGCAAGAGAUGCAGAAGAGCUUCGCGGAGCGCCUCGCGGAGGAGAAGAAGGCCCAUACCAAGAAGGAGAAGACCUCGGAUAUCAAGCUGCCCCACAUCGCCAACCUCAACGAGGACCUCCUCUUGACGGCCAAGCUGAAGUUCGCCUUCAAGGAAGGCCUUACUCGAAUCGGCAGAGGAAGUCAAGAGGACGGAGACCCCAACGCGCCUGAAGUGGCCCUGCAAGUGCCUGGCAUUCAUCAGGAGCACGCCACGGUGGAGAACUCCAACGGAGCGGUGAAGCUUAAGGCCAUGGACCCUGAGGCAGCAUCCACGACCUUUGUGAACGGCACUGCUCUACAAGCGGGCAAUGCAGUUACCCUCUCGCACGGAGACCGCCUGGCCUUUGGGCAAUGCAUCUUCGUGUUUGUGGAGCCUUUAAAGGGCAAGGUGGCCGAGCUGAUCAACUCGGGGCAAGUGACCUAUGCGGCUGCCCGCAAGGAGCUGCAGCAUGGGGAGGUGCCGGGGCCCACGGAGGAGGAGCUCAAGGCCAGCAAGGAGAGGGCCGAGGAGCUGGAGCGCAAGGCGCGGGAGGCUGAGGACGCCAAGGAGAAGGCGAAGGCGGAAGCGGAGGCGCUGAUGAGGCAGAGGGAGAACGAGUUCAAAGAACAAAUGGAGCUGAAGCAGAAGCAGUGGGAGCAGGAGAUCGCGCAGCAAAAGGCGGCGGAGGCCAGUGAGCAGGCGGCAGCCGCGGAGCAGGCUCGCGUGCACGCCGAGGCGCGUGCCGGAGAGCUUUUGCGCAAGAAGGGUGGCUGA